CUUCCGCUCCGUUGCCGCUAACGCAUCACCGCCCGCUCGACUACGCUUCCAUAAAAACCAAACGCACACGUAAAGCCAAGUCAAGCUAGCGUAGUGACCGCACCAGAGAGACUGCUGGCUCAUCUACCGCUAGCUUCUGUCACUAUCUGACUCUUUUCAUCCAUAAAACACACAUUUUAAGACCCGCUACUACCUCCUACAGCGGUUUAUUAGUCUCCUCUUUGCCUCCCCGCUGAACAUGGCCGAUCCUAAAUACGCGAACUUGCCGGGAAUUGCCUUUAAUGAGCCAGAUGUGUACGAGACAGGAGACCUGCCAGAAGACGACCAGGCUCAGUUUGAGUCGGAGGAGCUCUGCAGUGACAGCGUGGAGAGGAUUGUGGUCAACCCCAACGCCGCCUACGACAAGUUCAAGGACAAGCAUGUCAACACCAAGGGGCUCGACUUCUCAGACAGAAUCAGUAGAAGCCGAAGAGUGGGCUAUGAGUCAGGAGAAUUUGAAAUUCUUGGAGAGGGCUGUGGGGUGAAGGAGACGCCCCAGCAGAAGUACCAGCGCCUGGUGAACGAGAUCCAGGAACUCACUCAGGAGGUGGACACCAUCCAGUCUGCCACAAAGGAAAGCAACGCAGAGGAGCGCCUGACCCCGGUGGUACUCGCCCAGCAGGCAGCCCAGCUCAAACAGCAGCUGGUUUCUGCCCAUCUCGACUCACUGCUGGGACCUCAUGCACACAUCAAUCUGGCUGACCCAGAUGGAGCGCUGGCCAGGCGUCUGCUCACCCAGCUGGAAGCGGCCAAGGGCGGCCGUGGCAGUGCUGCAGGAGACAGCAAGCCGUCAGCUAAGGGCCCAGAUGGAGUGGUGCUCUACGAGCUGCACAGCCGACCAGAGCAGGAAAAAUUCAAUGAAUCUGCCAAGAUGGCGGAACUGGAGAAGCGUCUCGCUGAGCUGGAGAUGGCUGUUGGCUCAGGAUCAGACAAGCAGGGACCUCUGAGUUCUGGUGUACAAGGAGCCAGUUUGAUGGCCACCAUAGAGCUCCUGCAGGCGAGGGUCAGCGCUCUGGACUCAGCUACUCUGGAUCAAGUGGAGGCCAGACUGCAGAGUGUCCUCGGGAAGAUGAAUGAGAUUGCUAAGCACAAGGCUACGAUUGAGGACGCCGAGACACAAAACAAGGUGUCGCAGCUUUAUGACGUGGUGCAGAAGUGGGAUGCCAUGUCCACCUCUGUACCUCAGGUGGUGCAGAGGCUUGUCGCUGUCAAGGAGUUGCACGAACAAGCCAUGCAGUUUGGCCAGCUGUUGACCCACCUGGACACCACUCAGCAGAUGAUCAACAACUCUCUGAAGGACAAUAACACUCUGCUAACACAGGUCCAACUGACGAUGACGGAGAAUCUGGGGGCUGUAGAAGAGAACUUUUCUGCACUAGAUCAGAGGAUGAAGAAACUCUCCAAUUGAACGGUGGCAGACUUUGGACCGGUCCAGGAGAAGAGUAAAGAACAUGGACAAAUGUGAGCUGGCUAGAGAGCACCGAGGAGGGAUUUGGGUUUUAACUCUGUCCUUUCUGGCCAUCUCUCUCUCUCUCUUCCGCUCCUCUUCACCUCUGCCUUUUUUUUCACUAAGUGGAAUGUUAGAGAGUUGGAAAAGAUGGAAUAACAAAUCAAAACAUAAGGAGACUAAAAGUCUUGUCCACCCUCCUCUCCUCUCCCUUUCUCUUGCAUCAAAUUGAUAUCAAAUGAAAACACAUUUGUCCACUCUAAACAUGCCACUGAUUGCAGUCCCCUGUUAAGCUUAUUGCGUUUUAGACCUGAUUGUUUUUAUUAUUAUUAGUAUAAAACAUAAGAAAUUCCUCCAUUCCUUUCAAACUUUGUACUGUAUACUCUGGUCAAAUUAAAUAGAUCACAGUAAUGAUCGGUUGAUGCAUUAAAGAUCUUGUCAACUGUGUAAAAAAACAAACAAAAAAAAAAAAACCAAGAUCUAUUGUUGUAGCGGGAGCACGUUUGUGCGAGUGUCGGGGCCGAGUCACGGAAGGAAAGCUUGUAAAUAUGCCUGUGUACCUAAUUGUUUCUUCACGCUCAGUCGCUUGUAACUAUAUUAUUAUGACUGAGACCGGACACCACAGACAAACUUUUAAUCUGCUUUGUCAUUGCCUACAAGUCAACUGUAUUGUACAUCUGUGGUCAUGGGAACGGAUCAAUAAAAAGUGCGAUAAGCUUGCCAUUUCUUUUCUUUUAUGAGAUG